UGGAAUAUUCUAAAGACAAUGACUGAGGAGCUGUUGGAAAAUACUAGUUAAGUCUAACGAGGCAUUUCUUCACCAUGACACACAGGAAUAAGAUGAAGUUCUUCGUGCCUGCGUCAGAACAGUUUGUUAGUAGUUUAUUUUAUAUCGCAAAGGAAUGUUAGAUUAUUAACAAGUGGAUAUCCUUGGAUCGAGCUGCUGAACGCGCCUUCCUGUUUUGUUUUUGUUUUUUUGUUGUUUUUUGUCCUUCAGAAUGAGACUGUGGACUUUACUUAUUAUUUUCCCGGUGUGCGCAUCCUCUCCUCUUUUUGCCGAAACAUCUCAAGGCAAAGAUACAGCUGUGGAGGGCAGCUGCUCCGGCCGAGCCUGCAACCCCCGCAUGGGCAACUUGGCCCACGGUAGGGUCCUGAGCACCCAGUCUAUCUGCGGCUCCAACUCCUCGGAGCCCUACUGCUUCUACAAACAGACAGCUGCCCCCCGCAGACGGGAGUCCUGCUCGGCGGCAAAAUGCAGCAAGUGCAGCUCCGCCAUCCCCAGCCAGGCGCACCCACCCUCUGCCAUGAGCGACUCUUCUUUCCGCUACCCUCAUACCUGGUGGCAGUCCGCGCAGGGGGUGAAAGAGGAGACGCUCCAGUUGGACCUGGAGACUGAGUUCCUCUUCACCCAUCUGAUCCUGGUGUUCCACUCCCCCCGCCCAGCUGCCAUGGUGCUGGAGCGCUCCCAGGAUCAUGGGCACACAUGGAAGACCCUCCGAUACUUUGCCAGUGGCUGUGAGGGGGUGUUUGGCCUGGCAGAGGGGUCAUCAGUCGGGCAGAGUGGGGCAACAUGCACCUCCAAGUAUUCAGGAGCUUUUCCUUGUACCAGAGGGGAGGUGAUCUAUAGAGCUUUGUCUCCUUGGCACUCAGUGGAUCCCUAUGGACCAGCUGCUCAAGACCAGCUCAUGAUCACCAACCUGAGAGUUCGUUUGCUGCAAAGCCAGCCAUGUCCCUGCCAGGCCAAACAUCCUGCUGCUGCUGUACUCCCCACAGACCAUUACGCCAUAUAUGAUUUUAUUGUCAAAGGCAGCUGCCUUUGCAAUGGACAUGCUGACCACUGUGUUCCAGCCAGGGGCUACCAACCCAGCCAACAAAAGACCAGUAACAUGGUCCAUGGCAAGUGUGUUUGCAGACACAACACAGCUGGUGACCACUGUGAGCGCUGUGCUCCCCUCUACAAUGACCAGCCCUGGCAGGCUGCCAACGGCAUCAUGGGGACACCACAUGAGUGCCAGAAGUGCAAGUGUAAUGGUCACGCCAAGAGCUGUCACUUCAGUCGUAGACUGUGGCUCGCAACAGGACGACGGAGUGGCGGCAUGUGUGAUGACUGCCGCCACAACACAGAGGGCCGUCACUGCCAGAACUGCAAGAAGGGUUUUUUCAGAGACCCCAGUCGUCCACAAACUGCACCUGACUCCUGCAAACCCUGUUCCUGCCACCCUGUAGGCUCUGUCCUCUCGGGUGGUAGCCCUCUCUGCAACCCUAGCAGUGGGGAGUGCACUUGUAAGCCUGGCGUCGGAGGCCCCCGCUGUGACGGCUGCAUGAUGGGCUACUGGGGACUUCAUGAAUACGGCUGCCGUCCGUGUGACUGUACGGGGGACUGUGAUCCCUACACUGGUGACUGCAUUUCUGGCUCAGAUGUGGAGGUCUUCUAUACAGCCACUGGCCACAUGGGACACAGCAGCAAUAAUAGUGAGACGGCACUCUUUAGGGUAGAGGAGCUUUUCUCUGCACUGCACCACUCUGAGAAAUGUGAAUGUGUAGAAGUCACCCUUGGCAGCCCUAAACUCUUCUGUGCUGCAGAGUACGACUAUGUGCUGGUGGUGAAGGUGAUGUCAGCUCACGAUAAAGGCUCCCAUGCGGAGGUGGAGGUCAAGGUCAAGAAGGUCUUGUACCAGAAUCCUCAGGUGAAGAUCCAGAGGGGAAGUGUCACCCUUUACCCAGAGUCCUGGACCGUCCAAGGCUGUACAUGUCCCAUCCUCAACCCAGGAUCUGAGUACAUAGUGGCUGGUCAUGAAGACUGGAAGACCAGUCGCUUGAUGAUCAACACCAAGAGUCUUGUUAAACCGUGGAAGUCAAGCCUGGGACGCAAAGUCCUACACAUCCUCAGGAAAGACUGCGGCCACUGGUAGGGCAUUGCCAAGCGCUGUAUUGGACAGAGGGAUGGAGAGGCGGAGGAUCAGAUGUGACAUACAGAUGAUAUGUUGGAUGAGUGAAAUAAUGGGCAAGAUGAACACAGGAACUGUCUGAAUUCGGCACUGGACGAGUACAAGCAAAAAACGCAAUGCCUACUACAGUGAUUUCACUGUUUUUCCACGUCGGGUCCGCAGCACCAAAAAACAGAAGGCUGCAAUGCUGUGGUUGUUUUAAGACUGCAGUCACUUAAGGAUCAAAGAGAACAAAGCAAGCCAUAAAACCUUCAUCCAGAGAAUCUGAUGUUAGAAUUUCAAUGUUGUGUGCCUCAGCUCAUCAUUCUUUCUAGAUAAUUUAUAGAGCAAUAAGGAGUGCAUGUUAAAUACUCAAUUACACUUGAGUGUCAGAGUUGAUGAGCCAAAACAGUCACGUCCUGCUGUACUUAUUUCAUUGAGAGCUGUUUACUUUAAAAUCUUGCAAAGGCCCAGACUGAAUUAUCCUUGUCGUCUCACACAUAUUGGUGAUAAAUCAUGAAUGAGUCAACACCAGAAUGUGUGUGAGCGUGGAUGUGUGCAUAUGCCUGAUGUCCUUGGCAGUGAGUCUGGGACGGUGCAGGUCAGAACAAGUAACUCCUGGAUGAGGAGAGAGGAUGAAAAAAACAUUAAAGGAAUCAGGAGGCUUAAUCUGAGCAGCUCUGUUUUGCUCUGGCACACUCGCCCGCCUGCUGUCUGACAAGUGCAAAACACACUGCACUCCACCCUCUCUGGUCUGCAGCACUUGCAACCAGCUAAAACACUCAGGGAUGAGUGUGCUCUCAGAGCUGGUUCAGUUACAAGAGUGGAUCAUUGUCAGGUUGCUUAAGUCAAACUCGAUUCUGUGAGGAUUUUCUGCUGUCCUCAAAAGACCUACUUCCAUAUGAGGAGGAUUCACUUGAUAGGGCCUCUUCAGACCCGACCCGUGGGAGCCAGCAUGUGUGUGUAUGUGAGAGAGAGAGAGCUCACACACUCUCUUAACAUAUGUUUCUCUUUUUGGCCUGUGACUCCUGCUGCCCCAAAAUAAAUAUGUAUUAAAAGCCCGGGUACUCAUUAACAUCACAGUGUAUCAGAUCCAGAGUCCAUAGGCCAUUUUUGAGCCAAGCCCAGUUAAGAAUAGGCCUGGUCUGCUGUCUCCAAGGAGAAGGACAAACUGUGUGAGGAGACAUGAUGCAUUCCUCAGUCAUAACAUCACCGCCCAUGUCCUUGUCCCAAAGACUUUACCAAAAUAAAAGAAAAUGGGCAGGAAAUUAUCUUUUAAAGGACAAAGUAGUGAUUCAGGGUGCAUGAAUGCACUCUGCCAUCAAUGUGAUGUUUGUAAUGCUAUUUCUAUGUCAUAUAUGUCCCUUUUUUCAUCUAAACUGCAUAAACUCUGUGUCAGUGUACUCAUUCUUAAUGCUUCUGGGAAAAGUCUAUUUCAU